UCAUCUUAUCAAUAUAAUUACUAUAUUGGUUGUCUGUUUAUUAUCGUUGUUGCCGUCCUCUGGGUCUUUAGCUAUGAGAUUACGGAUAUCAUGUUUACGAGCGGGUACAAGAAGCCAUUCUUGCUCACUUAUAUCACUUCUGCCGCUUUUACGCCAUAUUUGAUACCACACUUGUUCGGAUAUAGAGAAAUAGACAGUAAAAAGCUAUCAUUUAAUCAGACUUUUAUUAUGUCUGCGAAAUUUACUUUCUGGUGGUUGUUAGCAAACUUCGCCGUCAACGCCAGCUUAGAAUAUACAAGCGUUGCUAGUUCGACAAUUCUUAGCUCUACCUCCGGACUCUGGACAUUCCUGAUAGCCUGCUUAUUGCGGAUAGAAAGGUUCUCAUUCACUAAAUUACUGGCCGUAUUUGCGAGUAUCUUUGGUUCUAUACUGGUAGCUGUGUCUGAUGCAAGUUCUGUUAAAGCUUCGUCAAACCUAUCAAUCAUUGGCGAUCUACUGGCUUUGCUUUCCGCACUCAGUUUCAGUAUAUACAUCCUCCUACUCAAAGCUUCUGUAGGAGACGAGUCACAUAUUGACUUCCCACUAUUUUUGGGAUUCAUUGGAGCCAUAAACACAGUUUUUUGCUGGCCAUUAUUGGUUUUACUGCACUGGACUGGCAUUGAAACAUUUGAAAUACCGAACAGGUCAUCUGUUGUCCUAAUUCUCCUAUUGAACAUGUUUGUAACAUUCUCGUCGGACUACUUAUAUCUUCAAGCGAUGUUGAAGACUACUCCACUUGUCGCGACAGUAGGAAUUAGUCUCACAUUACCAUUUUCCAUUCUUGGAGAUUACAUUCUCAACCAGCUCACAUUGACAAUCAAAGGAAUGCUAGGUUCUAUGUUCGUGCUCGCUUCAUUCAUAGCAUUGGGGUAUGAAGAGGAUGACGAGAAUGCAAACAAAGAAAUCGACGAAAGGGUAGCGGAAUCAGCCGGUCUAAUCGACGAAACCACUAACAGCGAUAUAACAGCUGUUUAGCCAGUCACCUAUUUGUUAAGUUGUUGUAUUUUUAGUAACAAUGUGAAGACAUUCCUUAUCUAAAAAAUGAGAUCAUAGCAUUCUUUCCUCAUAUUUCUUCAUACUCAUACCACC